CUGGAGAUGCUCAGAGUUUGGUUUGAAACUAGCAUUACCAUAAUGACGCUACAGCGGUCGCAGCAGCGUGUGACUUAGAAUCAGCCCCUUGGUGUUUGGUUGAAUACUAAAAUAAGGACUUAGGGGCCGAUUCUGAGAUUGACGCAGCCACUUGACUGCACACAGCGGCCGCAUCCAUCUGGUCUGCGCACGCGCACUGGCUGCAGUGUGCGACCUUGCCCAUGCGGCCGCAGUGUGAUUGACAGCGGCGGCCCUUCGCGGGACCGCAACGCUGUGUUGAGGGGCUGGGGGGCCCAAUGGGGGCAUGCCGUGACCUUUUUAGGGCAGCUGCGUGAAGCCACAUGCAGCCGCUCCGAUAAAAAAAUGGCGGCCAACUGCCUGACAGCGCAGCCAGGAUGCGCUGCCAGGGAUCAACCCUAGGUUGAUGUAAUGUAAUUGUGGAUGCAUCGGGAGGUGGCCCAUCAAACAUGCUGGAUGGCCCCCAGCAUGUAAGGAGAUGGACGCAGAUCUGGCUGCGUAUGCAGCAAUCUGCGUCCAUCUCUGAGUUUAGGUCCUUAAUGCAUACUCUGCAAAAACAUCCUAUUACUAUGAACAUUCAGAUUGCUCAGGCAUUAUGUUACUAACCCACCAGUAACACGUAGAUACUUUCAGACAUAUGGCUAUUUGUUUGACCACCAAGACAGCUAGUAUGUAUGUAUGACGUUGCUAUUAUGCACCACAUUUGCCAGGUAGGCAAAACAAUAGCAUUUGGCCAGGGUCAGCACAGGGCAUCACUCGGCCCUUAGCAAAAUUUGAUAGGGGCAUGGCGAUGCUUGUUCACUCUAUGGCUGGUGCAUACCAAGGUAAUGCUUGCUUCGGGCAAAUGACUUGCUGCUUUCUUAAGUUCAAAGCGCUUUAAAUGAGCUGAGCCUGAGAAGUACCCACUGAUGCAGUUUUACCCCUGGUGAUAUACAGCAACCUGCAGCUACAGCUCCUGGCCUAUUUGGGUGGCUUAGAGUGUUAACCUGCUGAACAUGUCUUCCACUCACUAGGGGGAUGCGGGUGGUAUGGACCAUACACAGGUGUCAUCCUCUGAGGGGUUACACCAAAAUUCGGGCUCCUCCUUGGUGACAGGGAGCCGGUCCCGGCACUGUGACAUUAAGGUGCAGCACUCGGCUUCUGUCCCAGAGAAGGAGCUGGCAGUGCAGGCAGAAGAGUCUCCGAGGGCAGUCUAGCUUACCUGAGAAUGCUGAGCAUGCCACCGGAGUGCUGAAAAUAGGGUCAGGUUGUAAGGACACACCCUUACUGUGGGCACACGCAUGGGGGCUGUGUAAGGCACCGGGUGACACUGACCCCACUAACGUCCCUGCUCCCACUAGGGAAUAGACUAAUGGAAAGGAAUGCAGUUUACCAAUAUUUUAGAGAUAUUUAGGCUUCCCAACAUGCUUACAAGUGGAAAACACACACAAAUGGAAAUCAAUAUCAGCCUGGAAAGUGCAACACAAGUAACACCUCAACGAAUAUAGUAGCACUUUAAUUAAGAUUAAAUGCAUUUGAAAAACAUCUGUAUGAGCACUUUGGUUUACAACAGGGUGUUUUCAACUACACAUCCCAGCAUACCCUGCCAGAUUGUGCACGCCCUAGUAGGAAAACUUGUGCAGGGCAUGCUGGGAUGUGUAGUUCACAGAAGCUGAAGGGCUACAAGUUCAAUACUGCUUGUGUACAAUUUACCCACUAGUUGCAGUGAAGGAUAAUAUCCAUAUACUGUAUUUUUUGUCAUUUACUAUAAUCUGCUGCAACCUAGUGCUAAUAACAUGUAUUGAGACACAUAAUUAUUAGUUAAACAGCCCAGGAUGGGAAUAUGCUCCAGUUUAUCUGAAUAACCAACCCUGUAAUUGGGAUGCUUUCCUCCACCCUUAUGAGAUAUAUACCUGCAGUAAAGCCAUCCAUUGUCAUUCUUUAGGCAGAGCAGCAAAAUACAGCUUGGUAUAUGGGUGUUUAAUAUAGGUUUAGGAACCAUGUUGAGAAACCUGUGUACAGGGAACUUCAUACGGGCUGUCAUAGCUGAAUACUUAGGCACACUCUUAUUUGUGUUCUUUGGUGUUGGUAGUGCAUUAUCAUGGCCCUCAGCUCUUCCAAGUGUCCUGCAGAUUGCCCUAGCCUUUGGUCUAGCUAUAGCAACCAUGGUCCAGAUAAUAGGUCACAUUAGCGGGGCUCACCUCAAUCCUGCAGUGACUCUUGCAUUCCUGGUGGGAUCUCACAUCUCCUUCCUGAAAUGUAUCUUCUACAUCUUGGCUCAGAUGUUGGGAGCACUGACUGGAGCUGGGAUACUCUAUGAAUUCACCCCAUCCCAGGUGCGAGGGAACUUUGCUGUCAACUCGCUAAAUAAUAACACCAGUGCGGGACAGGCUGUGACAGUAGAGCUAUUCACUACCAUGCAACUUGUCUUAUGUGUUUUUGGCACAACAGACAGCAGAAGGACAGACAAUAUUGGAUCUCCAGCGUUAUCUAUUGGCCUCUCAGUUACUUUAGGACAUCUGCUUGGGAUCUACUUCACUGGCUGUUCAAUGAAUCCAGCAAGGUCCUUUGGUCCUGCUGUGAUUAUGGGAAACUACGAAUAUCACUGGAUCUUUUGGGUAGGUCCCAUGGCGGGUGCAAUCUUUGGUUCCUUAAUCUACAAUUACGUACUGUUCGCACCUGCGAUCAAUCCUUUACACAGUCUUUCUAUACUGAAAGGUACCUUUGACCCUGAACAUGAACGUGAGAGAGAGGAGCACCGCAAACAAUCUGUGGAACUUAAUUCACUUCACAGCUAUUCAAAGGAGAAACUGUGAGCCCACGGCAAGACCAACAUAGGGUUUACUCAAUGAGACAAUGGACUAACAAAGUGUUAUGUGUGCCUGUCGCUUGCAUAGAGGGACUGCCUUUUAGUGGGCUGAACCACUAUUUGUGGCAAUUUAGUCUAUUACUUCACUAGGAACUAGUGAUACAGAUGUGUCCUUCCUGGUCUAGCCUCCAUACACACGGGCACGGCAUAUGAGAGCUGCCAGCUCCCGUGCUGCUUGGCCAGCGCAGAGCAUCCUUUUCCCCUGUAAAUGCAACAUAUUCGCAUCGCUAUGCAAAUAAGACUUACAAG